AUGGCAACUCCAUCCACUGAUCCUGGCGCCUUUGGCAUUUCUCCAGAAGACUGGCAUGAUGCUGAUUCUUAUACAGAUCUGGCUUCGGUCUAUGAGGAACUUGGCCGCAUCGAUAUACUCGACCGGGAUGUGGUUCGGCAUCUCCAAUGUUCUAAGGCGAUUAAGGGAACACAGGAGCUUUCGCCUUCUCCAUUAUCGAGUCAAGAUUCUUCGUCCACCUCAGAAUGUAGAUGGAGAGAUGCGGCCAUCUGCAUCGACCGACGACGCGAAGCACUGAGGUCGAGGGCGGCGUUUCUCUCACGCGGGGAAACGAGAGACAUCCAAUUGAUGGAUUUGUCAGUAGAGCUCCUGGCGAUGAUAUCCAACCAGUUCCGUUACUCAGCAUCCCUGGACCGAACUGCAGAAGACUUUAUUGCCCCGUUCUCUCGAUCUGACUUGCAGGCCGUACAAUCCCUACGGCUCGUCUCCCGUCUCUUCAACAGCUUGUCGACCCCAUUACUCUAUCCCAUCGUACGGCUCUCGCUCAGUCAGAAAUCCCUCGACCGCGUACAGGCAGUUUGUUCCAGUCCCUUGAUGGCCUCUGGCGUUCGAGCCAUCCGGGUGGGCCUCGAGAACCAUCCAAUAGAGCUUGUAAGGGACUUCGAUGGAUGGUUGCAUUACCACAUCCACAAGCUGGGCAUGAAACACCGGAGGCUGUCCUCAAGUCUUGCGCAAAACGCAUUCAGACGAAAAGCAGCCGAGAAGGCUGGUAGCGUGGAGCGGGCGAAACAUUUCCACGAAGCGAUGGAAGACAUUCGCCGGGCGAUCGACAGAUCAAAAGUUGUCAGGUUUGCCAUGAGGCAGAUGAGCUCUGGUACUGAAUUGGUCCCGGAUGAAUCAGACGAGGAGCGGGUUGCCAGAUACAGGGUGCUUGUCCGACACUGCCAUGAUGAGUUCUCGCGCACGUACGAGGAGCAGGUGCGACUACUGUUGGACAAGUCGUUUGUCAGCUCCGUUGCUCGCUUGGCUCUCCAUGCAUCACACCCAGUAGCGCUCGAACUGAUCGCAAGAGAAUUUAGAUACCCCAAGAGUGCGAAGAACGAGUUUCGGUACUUGGCAUCCGGCGUAAGCUGGCAUCACGAGGGGGAUGCUGGCAACGAUGAACAGCAGCAACAGGCAAUCAGAAUCAUCCAUGAUCUCCCGGUUGCCAUCCAUCAGGCUGGCGGAGUCAUAAAUGCAUUUAAAUUAGGCUGCCCGCCCAUGGUCCAUCAUUUUCGCUUUCUGGAAGGCUUAACAGAUCGUGACUGGUCGUUGCUUAAUGCGGCAUUCCAGCAGCUGAAGAUAUUCCAUAUGCCCAACCUUUCUUUCUCAUACCCCUCCAGGUUGCUGCUUCUCUCAGAGGAACAGAAGGUUCACUUCGAGGCCUACUUCUCCGCGUUGAUAGACCGUCAGCACCUCGAAGAAGUCUCUUUUGAUGGCCAAAUAUAUCUGGGCUUUAAUGCGUUUGGGUCUGUUGAGCAUGGAGGAAUUUGGGGGGUUUUGGAAAGAAUGUUUGGAAGAGCAUAUUGGCCUCGCAUCAAAAGGAUCAAAUUUUCUAAAUUCUCCAUAGCCCAAACUCAUAUGGAAGGCCUUUUUCAAGGUCUGGGAACAAGCAUUAACCAAAUUACAUUGAACGAUAUUCAUCUGGAGAGCGGGAGCUGGAUACCUGCAAUAGACAUCUUGCAAGAAAGGAUGAAGCAGACACUUGGGUCUGGAUCUCUAAAUGAGUGCUCCGUUCACUUGAAAGCUUUAUCGGGUGUGGAGAUGGGCCGUCUUAAAAUUGAAGCUGUCGGCCCUGUGAUGGAGGCAUUGGAAUCUUAUAUUCUAGGAAAGGGCCCUUCUGACAACCCCUUGUUAAAGUAUGCUCUCUCUUAG